AUGGCAACAUCUCUGCUUCUCAGACAUUCCUCAGCUGUCUUCUUGUCUCAUUCUUCCUUCUUCUUCACCAAGAACAACUCUUCUCGUUCCUUCGCUUCCAUCAAGAUGGAAAGAGGUGAAGCAAGUGAAGAAAAUGCAGUGAAGACGAAGAAAGUGUUUGUCGCCGGAGCCACUGGCAAAACCGGGAAGAGGAUUGUGGAACAGUUGUUGUCCCGUGGUUUUGCCGUCAAAGCCGGUGUUCGUGAUGUAGACAAAGCAAAAACAUCUUUCAAAGACGACCCAUCUCUUCAGUUCGUUAGAGCAGACGUGACAGAAGGCCCGGAGAAGCUAGCUGAAGCUAUAGGUGAUGAUUCUCAGGCUGUGAUUUGUGCUUCUGGGUUUCGUCACGGGUUUGAUCUAUUCGCUCCUUGGAAGGUCGAUAAUUUCGGGACAGUGAACCUGGUGGAUGCCUGUCGUAAACAAGGAGUGAACAGAUUUGUUCUUAUAAGCUCAAUCUUGGUGAAUGGAGCUGCGAUGGGACAGAUUCUGAACCCAGCUUACAUCUUCCUCAACGUCUUUGGACUAACUCUGGUUGCAAAGCUUCAAGCCGAGAAGUAUAUCAAAAGGUCCGGGAUCAAUUAUACUAUAGUAAGGCCUGGUGGUCUUAAGAACGAUCCUCCAUCAGGAAACGUAGUCAUGGAGCAAGAGGAUACUCUCUAUGAAGGGAGCAUAUCAAGAGACCAGGUCGCAGAAGUUGCAGUGGAAGCUUUACUUCAUGAGGAAUCAUCUUUCAAGGUUGUGGAGAUAGUUGCUCGUGCCGAUGCUCCAAAACGUUCCUACAAAGAUCUUUUUGCUUCUGUUAAGGGCCAUUAA